AUGAGUCAAACAGUGCCACCAGUCGCUCCAUGGUCGCCUAAAGAUAAAGAUUCGCGAUGGCCAGUGAUCCUUACGAGCAUCAUCGAUAAUAUUUAUCGCAGAAACCAUAACAUAUCCAUGGGUGCUGACAGGGAUUCUCAUGUUGACAUGGUCAACAAUGGGAAGGAACUCAUAUCGAAACUCGCCGAGCUCAAGUAUGGAAUGGCUCAUAACAGGGCUCUCGUGGACCUCCCCGACGAUGGUGGAUUAGACAUCGUGGUUUAUAAUAGAGAGCUCAAACGCUUGGAAGAGGAGAACAAUAACACCUGGUUCACUGCCCCCUGGUUAUUCGCAGAGUAUCGGCUAAUCCGUGCAUGGUUUGCGCUGAUGCCCCUGUGGCAACAAUACGAUCCGUUCCUAGAGCAGAAGACAUCGGCUUUCAAAGCAAGUGGGAAUGCAAUAUACCAUAUCGCCAAUACCAUGCUUGAAUUAGGGUCAGGAGAGAAAGGAUAUCUGAAGGAAGAGCAGCUCGAGAUUUUGUUUGAUGAAAUGAUUCAGAUGUGUUUAUGGGGAAACGCGACAGAUCUAUCGCUGUUGCCAACGAUGGAUUAUAGUGACAUUCAUACCUUGCAGUCUGUGGGGAAAGCGGCACGAGCUGCCGGCCAAGCUUUCAUCCUUCGAAAUGAUUCGAAGGCUGUUUGGCAACUUGUGAGGAGUCUUAAGGAUGCUAGAAUUGACAUAAUUCUGGACAAUUCGCCUCUUCAGUUGUUCACAGAUCUGGUGUUGGCCGAUUUUCUUGUUACACAUACGCCUUUCGUCUCACAAGUCAUCUUCCAUCCUAAGCUUAUCCCUUGGUUCGUUUCGGAUGUUGUCCCAGGGGACUACGCCGCCCUACUUUCGUCUAGCACCGACUGGGCGUCUUUUUUCAACAGCGGCACCUCUGAGGAGCACUCCAAGGAUGACAUCCGAUCCCUUGAUGAGCUAAUGUCUCGAUGGAGGGCAUACGUUUCGGACGGAACAUUCAAACUCGCCGUUGACCCGUCAACUCCACUCGGAAUUCCAUCCCCCACAGAAGGCGAUGGGACAUUGAAGACGGCAGAAACAUUUUGGACUCUCCCCAACUCCUUUUGGUCCCUUCCAUCCCAAGAAAUACUUUGCACGAGUCUGAAAGGCUCAGGACUGGUUAUCUUCAAGGGUGAUUUGAAGCUUACCGCAGACGUCAAGUGGCCACCCACAACCUCCUUCUCCGAUGCCAUAGGGCCAGUCCGAGGCCUGUUUCCGAUUCUUUCUCUCAGGACAUGUAAGGCAGAAGUAGUUGUUGGGCUUGAGGAAGGUGUGGCGGAAAGACUUAGUGCCACCGAACCGGGAUGGCGUGUGACUGGAAAGUAUGGACUGAUCUCUUUGGAGCCCUGAUCAUGAAGCUGUGGCGAUAAAGUUUGAUGUGGCAAUGUUACGAUGACAAAGAUUGGACAAAAAAGCUGUGAUGAACUGAAUUAAAUUUGACGUGGUGAUGGAUUGAACCGCGACGUGGAAGUCACGUGGUCAUUAUUUUUUGGACACGUAGCAGCUUUCGAAUCCUAUAAAAUCUCAAGUGAAACCAUGCUCAAGUUCCUCACUCUCUUCUUCUUUUUAUUACUUUCCGGGAGUUUUGUCCGAGCCGAUGAGGACAAGAAGGACACUGGCCCCGUAAUUGGAAUAGAUCUUGG